ACUUUCUUUUAUUACUCUCCAAUUAUUUAGGUACUCGUUGUUAUUGUUAUUUCAACGUUCGUGGAAAUCGGGCACGUGUACCGCAAGUCAGCGCCCUCUCCGCGCUUUCCACGGGUUUUCCCGCUUUCCCCCGGUGCGGGGCGCGCGCGACAGAGGGCGCCGGUGGCCAUCAAUCAAUACCUGCGCCUCGCGUCUCCGAGGCUCGACUACCCCAGUGCUCGCUGUCACCGCCGCCGCCGUCACGUCACCAGCGGCCCGAGCAAACAAUCCGGCAUUCAUGAUUAAUCCUCACCAAAAUAAACUAAAACUCACACUAAAAUGCGCCCGAACCGUCUAGCUAAGUUACAAACACAAAUCUGUUUAAACUCUUAGUGAUUGUUAAGUGUUAAUUAUCAAAAAUGCAUCUCCAUUUCGAGAGAAACGUGAACGCUAAAUGUGAUUGCACCAUACUAUCUUUAUCAUGGAUGGGCAAGGUACCUGAUGAGCUGCCUGAGGAGGAAGGAUGGAAGCUAAACCGCAACAACUACUACCAGGAAGGCUGGCUGGCGACGGGCAACGUGCGCGGCGUCGUUGGCGUGACGUUCACGUCAUCGCACGCGCGCCGCCCGCAUGAGCUGCCAGCGCGCACGAACUACAACUUGCGCGGCCACAGAUCCGAUGUGAUCCUAGUGAAAUGGAACGAGCCCUACCAAAAGCUAGCUUCAUGCGACAGUUCCGGUGUGAUCUUUGUUUGGAUCAAGUACGAAGGCCGCUGGAGCAUAGAGCUGAUCAAUGAUAGAAGCACGCCCGUCACACACUUCUCCUGGUCGCAUGACGGCCGCAUGGCGCUCAUCUGUUACCAGGACGGCUUCGUGCUCGUGGGCUCUGUGGCGGGCCAGCGCUACUGGUCGUCCAUGCUCUCGCUGGACGCCCGCAUCACCUGCGGCUGCUGGACGCCGGACGACGGGCAGGUGUAUCUUGGGACGGCGUCCGCGCAGCUGGUCGUCAUGGACGUGCACGGCGCUAUGGUGUCGCAGGUCCAGCUAGUAGCAGAAGGGGGUAUAACUGCGAUGGCGUGGUCAUGCGAGAAGUUCAAGAUGGAGGAGGGGGAAGAGGGGGGAGAAACUAACGGCGGGCACGUGCUGGCUGUUGCUUUAGGCAACGGCGAAAUAGUGUUACUCCGCGGACACGAUGACGUGAGCCCAGCACGCAUGCGCACCGGCAUGCGCGGGACCACGCUCGCCAUGGAGUGGGCCAACUCGCGCGAACUCCUCGCCGUAGCCGGGACCCUGUUGCCCGAGGGGUCUGAGCCCGCGGACGCACCGCCGUUCAAGAACGUAGUGAAAUUCUACUCCGACACCGGCGUUCUCAUCUACACCGUGCCCAUACCUUACAACCAGGCUCGCGUGACGGCGCUGACGUGGGGCCACGCGGCGCGGCGCCUGUUCGUGGGCGUGGGCGGCGCGGUGUGCACGGCGCGCGUGUGGCGCGUGGUGGCGCCGCUGCAGCUGCUGGCGCGAGUGCGCGCGGCGCAGGCGCUCCGGGACCCCGGCGCCGCCAGCAGCCUGCCCAUCCCGCCCCGGCUGCAGCCCGCGCUGGCUAACCUCUUCGCGCACACUAUACGGUGCAACGUGCCAGAAUCGCUCGAGCUCCGUCGCUUCGUGUCCCGGCCACCAGGGGGCGCUAGCGGCGGUGGCGGCACCCGCCUGCACUGCACCAUGCUGAGGCAUGACGAUGAGGAAGCUGGCUACACCCUGUACCUUGAGCAUCUAGGUGGUUUAGUGCCCCUGUUGAAGGGCCGGAGGACCAGCAAGAUUAGGCCGGAGUUUGUCAUAUUUGAUCCUCAGGGCGAAGGUAUGAUUGAAAAGUCCUCAUUUAAACCUAUUAAAAAUAGCAGCAGCAGCAGCAGCGGCGCCGGCAGCUCGUCCAGCAGCGCCGGCAGCGGCGCCGGCCGCGCCUCGCCGAUGAAACACUCGGAUACCUCCGACAGUGACCGGGAGGAAGGCUGUAGCGGGUCCCCGCGCGUGCAGCGGCGGCGGCGCGCGCGCACGCGCCGCAAGCUGCGCGCCGAGCGCGACGACGCGCCCGACGAGCUCGCCUACAUCGACUCGCUGCCCGAGGAUGUGCGAUUAGUGGAAGUAACCUCUAAUAUCUGGGGCACAAAGUUCAAAAUGCACGGUCUAGUCAAGAACGUGCCCGCCAACCUCGGGCAGGUGACCUACAAGACGUCGCUCCUGCACCUGCAGCCGCGGCAGAUGACGCUCACCAUCGCCGAGCUGCGCGACGACCAGGCGCCAGCUCCCGAUCCCAAUUUCAACCCUAACAUAUUCUCAGAGGACGAAGAGGAGGUGUUCCCCGACAGGCGCAAGGCGCUCGCGGACCGCGCCAACUCCAACGUGCCCGCCCCGGCCGAGGUCACAACCACCAACCAUAAUAACAACGCUCACGCGUCGCUAGCGCGCGCCGAAUCCUACGACGAGUUCCCGUACAUCGACACGGCCGAGCCCGCGCCCGUGCGCCGCGUCGGCACCCCGCCCGUCCCCAGCCGCCACGCCAUCUCCCCGCUGCGCUGCGAGGGCUCCGUCCCGACGCUCCAAUCUCCCAAGAAUGCCGUCGCCCCGACUGACAUCAUCUUCGAGCGACCCUCCCCUCAGACCGUCACGUGCGGCGGCGGCCGCGGCGACUUCUGCGGCGGACGGACCGACUACACCGUCCGCGGCGACAAUGUUUCCUUGAAAGGGAAUCUAUCCAACAUAGAUCAGCAGUUCAGCCUCAAUCUAAGUUUGGAACCCAGCCGGCAGGUCACAAUAAAGAAAUGCGACAGCCACGUCACCGACAACUGCCUCUCGAAACUCCGCAAAAACAUUUGCGCGCGCGGCGAGUCCGCCUCCUACGAAGUGAACACUAGGAUACUCAAGUCGCUCUGCAACAAGAACUACGAGCACGAGGUCCACCCGGACGCGAUGGGCAGACGCGAGACGCUCAGGAGUCUACAGAAGGGCGAGGACUUGAAGUUUAUCGACGAGGAAACUCCGGUGGAACCCGGCGGCGCGAGCGCGAGGGAGCCGCGCGUGCAGCGGACCACCACCGUCGUGCCGAUCAGUCCCGUGUGCGGCAGCGUCCCCGUCUACGACACCAUGACGCGCAGCUGCAGCGUCGGCUACCUGGACAUGGUGGAUCCGGCGGUGCUCCACUCGCGGGUGUCGGUCGCGGCGCUGCGGGAGCCGCCGCGCCGCCUCGUGCUCGUCGGCGACUCGGGCCGGCGCCGCCGCCGCCGCCGCGAGCGCCCGCAGGACGCCAACAGACCGACUCUAAAGAGAUGCGGCAAAUCUCGAAGCCUCGACUCGAGCGAGCUGUCGCUAGAGAAGAAGCAGACUCGGCAGUCCCGCCUGGACACGCUGGAGCCGCGCUUGGAGAGGGAACAGCGGCGCGACUACCCGGUGUGCACGGCGUGCCGGCUCGUGUCGCCGUACGACCGGCGCGACGUGGACGCCGCCACGUACGUGUGCGUGGCGUGCGAGCCGCGCGCGCCGCCGCCGCCCCGGCCCGCGCCGCCCGACCCGCGCGCGCCCAACACCGACAGCGACUCCGACUACAGCAAGUAUUAUAGUUCACUGGAGCAGCUAGCGCUGCGGCUGUUGGCGUCUCGCUCUCGCAGUUCGCGAGAGAGAGAGAGCAGCUCAGCGCCGGCGUCGCCCCGCCCCGCGCGCUCCACGCCCGCCUCCCCCGCGCCCGCGCCGCGCCGCAUAAGAUACUCUUCGGCCUCGCCUAUUAGACAACUACUGAAUUCACCGCUCCUAUCGCGGCGGCGUAAGAAGCCGUCCGAGAGUUCAGACGACGAGGGCUCGGGCUACAGCGAGGUCAACGGCCGCAACUACCGCGACCUCGAGAGCUUCCAGAAGGCUCAGCUCAGGAACAAGUUAAAACGUGCCGGCGGCACGGUGGCGGCAGCUGCGACUGCCGAACCUCGAGCCGGGUCGCGGCGGCAGCUCGUCAUGCACAACAAGGCGCCCAUGUGGAACGAGAACAGCCAGGUGUACCAGCUCGACUUCGGCGGCCGCGUCACGCAGGAGUCCGCCAAGAACUUCCAGAUAGAGUACCACGGGAAACAGGUAAUGCAGUUUGGGCGAAUCGACGGCAACGCGUACACGCUGGACUUCCAGUACCCGUUCUCGGCGCUGCAGGCUUUCGCUGUAGCCCUAGCCAAUGUUACGCAGAGGCUCAAGUAAACG